AGAUGACGUCACGAUCUCUACCAAAUCUUCGAAGUAAUACUCCUGGCUGUCACCCUUGGGCUCCUCAUCACAGUAUCUAUCUGGAACCUCUGACAAUUGAACACGUCGUGAAUGAAAAUAGAGAAUCAGCACAGAAUCAGGAAGAUCGAAAGAAAAUACACAAUGAAUUCGGAGAAGACAAAGAGCUCGAAAAAGAUGUUGUUAAAGACAAAAUCGACGAUAUUAUACUUUCUCUUCAAGUUACAAUUGAAUUUUCAAUUGCUGCUGAUAUAUCCUAUCUUAUAGUGUAUGCUUGUGUGCUUUUAGUAUUUAUUCCAACAUCUGAUUCAAUGUUAUUCCAAGUAUCAGGAUGCUUCUUGCUUGUCAGAUUUAUUUUUGUAUUCUUCUAUUUGAUUCAAUUGGAUAGCGUGAGAAAAUCUUACUGUCCAGAAGAUAUCGAUAAAACCAUCAAAAAAUUGUGCUAUUCGGAAUCAAUUCAUACUGGAAUAGUGGUUUUGAGAAUUGUCGGAUGCCUCAUCGACAUGGUAUUCUUGUUCAUUAUUCAUGAAAGUCGACUGAUAAUGGGCCUAAUUGCAAUGGAAUUCGCUUUGGGUUUUUGGACGGCAAUCCAUGUUUUUGUUCAUUUCAUCAAAAUACGAUCAUCAAAAAAGUGUAUAAUUGAAUUGAGGAAAAUAGCUGACGAAAUGAACAAAACUCAAUAGAAGAUGGAUUCUACAAGUUCGAGUCUAAAUAUUGGCAUGCUAUCUAAAACGAACACUUGUAAAAUAACUUUUCCUAUGCUUUAAUGUUAAAUUUUGAAUAUUUUAUUAGUGUUUAUACAAUAAAAUAAAUCCUAAAUUCCGG